GACAGUUAAAGCUGCCAUUUUGAUUAAUAGAAUUAUUGAUUUAUUGCGACUGCGUAUAUGUUUAUUGCAAAUACGUUUUAAAUCGUUUACCACAACCGGAAAAAUGAGAAAACUUCGAAAAUACGUAGUAAGGAAGGCGUUCAAAGAUUAUUUACCGGAAAGGAACGACUUUGAAAUUGUUGACGAAGUGAUACCCGCGCUCAACGACGGCGAAUUCCUCGUCAAAGCGGAAUACAUAAGCGUCGAUCCAUACAUGAGAUCCUUCGCCGACGGUCGCGACGUGCCUUACGAUCAGUUCGGGUUCCAAGUCGGGAAGGUGGUCGAUUCCAGGAAUUCGCAUUAUCCCGCCGAUAUUCACGUAGUGUCGCAUAGCGGGUGGCGCGACUUCUCCGUGCUAACCGCCGAGCCCGACCCCAUGUUCAACGUGACGCCGUAUCGACCGCACACAGGGAGCUUACCUAUCUCCCUGGCUAUAGGUGCGUUGGGAAUGCCCGGCAUCACCGCGUACUUAGGCCUCACAGAGAUAUGCGACCCGAAAGAAAACGAGACAGUAUGCGUGACGAGCGCUGGCGGCGCUGUCGGUUCCUUGGUUGGACAAAUUGCGAAACUCAAAGGAUGCACCGUGAUCGGAUUCGCCGGCUCCGAUCAUAAAGUAAACAUGCUACUCAACGAACUGGGAUUCGAUUACGCGUUUAACUACAAAACAACGAAUGUGAAAGAGGCUUUAAAUUCAACCGGCAACAUCGAUUGCUACUUCGAUAACGUCGGAGGUGAACUAGCUAAGAUUAUCCUUGGCAACAUGAAGGAACAUGGCCGCGUCGCUAUAUGCGGCUCUAUCAGUACAUAUGGGAAGAAAUCUCGAAGGAAAGCGCUCAAGGCACCCGUCUCGGUCAAAAUGGAAGCGUUCAGUUUCACACAAUGGGACAUUACGAAGCAGCAAGCCGCAGUGAGCCAGCUGAGGGACUGGCUCGAGAGCGGAGCGAUCAAAGCCAAGGAAACCAUUACAAAUGGCUUUGAAGAACUGCCUGAUACCCUACUGGCGAUGCUAAAAGGGGAGAACGUCGGCAAAGCUGUUGUUAAAGUUUGAUUCUUAAGCUAUGCAUCUAGGAUUCAAAUUAGCUUGUUUCGUGACGGUUCGGGAAAUACAUUAGGGUGAAUCGAAAAGGUUUCUUUAUUUAUCUGCCUCCAGGGCGACGUUUAUUACAUUGAUCGAGAUGUUCCCCGACUCGAGUCUAAGUUUAACUUACAUUCGAAGGUCUUGUUGAUUUGUUAGCGACGUCGGGGUAUGUAAUAAACAGUUUCAGACCCCGAGGAAUAUUGACGUCGGCAGAUAUUUAAUACAAACCGACGGACAAACGACAUUACGGAAUUAGUAAAGUGAGACAGGCUGCUUUACUUCGACCUUGUACUAAUUAAUAUAAUAAAGGUUUACUUGUACAAAAUUGAUUUCUAAAAUAUAUUUUUAUAUUGUUUACAGUAGUGUUAUAUACACUAAUUAUCUAUCAUAUAAUCUAUUCAAUGGUCCCAUAUUUUAAGUACUUUUUUCAUAUUUUCUACCUCCUCAAUAUUAUGUUUUAGAUUUUUAUUUAAUAUGAUGUCAGUGAUGAAUUCUUCGUACACUUAUUAGUAGCACACAUAUCAGAUGCUAUACCAUAUUAAACAAAUAUUUUUCAUAAUGACAUUAAUAACUUGGUAGUUGUAUAGAAAGAGUGACUUCUCAUAUUCGUUUUUUAUUAUUAAAGUAUAUUAUUAGAUAAUAUUUAAAUUUCAUAUAUAUUUGUGUCUUCGUUUAUGUAUAGCUUAUUAUAAAUAUAAUAUUAGCUUUUAGAUUCAAACGUAGUGUCCUCCAUUUCGCCAAGUUCCAAUGACAAUGUGACAUGAAUGACAUUGGAACAUCACUUAAACAAAAUGGCGGACGAUAACCAUAAAACCAACUGCGUAAAAAGAUUUCGCAGCCCAACACAACCCCGUCAGAAACAAUAUCACGCAGAUAUCUUGUUUUAACAAUUUACAUACACGCGUAUGGAAACCCGCGAUAAAACAUGAAUCCGGCUAAACAAAACCAACGGGCCUUAUAAAAUUUAUAAUUAUCCACUUGGCAACAUUACCUUUUGAUAUUAAAAUGAUACGGGCAGCGCUGAAAGCCAAUAUUUAUUUUGUUAUUGUCAACAUUUAAAUUUAACUGUCACGGUCCAACGGUCAGUGGAAAUGGCAGUUGUUUUAUGAUAUAUUUGAAUUAUUUAAUUGGGUUUUUAUUUCCUACAUCGAUAUUGACGAUGGCGAUCUGUUUUAUAGUCUCUUUGUUUUGUAUCUGCUAUUAUUACUCGACAUUUUACAUCAUGACAUCGACUCGGCAGCCAUAAUACACAAGUAGAAGAAUUCCUACCUCAGUACAUUGAGUGUUUUAAGUUAUGCGCAUAUGGGCUGUAAGCCAAAACACCUGGGUUUGAUUCCCACAUCACGUUUAUAUUUCUUUCAGUAAGUUGUUAAUUAUUGUAACGCGCCGUUAUCCUAGUCGAUGACAUCGGGCGUUUCCGGAAGUAUUCGGCUGCGCGGCAGGCUGGCAGAAGAGAAGCUAUGUCACGCGGCGACUAUUCUCUGAGACUAUUCUAUUAUUAUUAUUCUCUCUGGUUGGACGUUGUCAAAAGAAUUUCUAAAAUUGUAUUCUGUAAUUAUUUUGCUAAUAUAAUGUUUACUGUAAAAAGAGCGUUUAACAUUAUAUCAAAAGUUAAAAUUGAAUUUGACAAUCAUCUACAGAACUGUAGAUCGACUUUUGCAAUUCUUCUCUAGAAUGUUAAAUUGUUGUAUGCUAUUAUAGCGGGUCAUAGCUGUACUGUAAUAUAAAUGUAUAACACCUUAAUCCUACCUGUGUACCACAAUAAAUAUAAUAAAUA